CAAGUGCUAGAAAUGUUUGAUCAUGCAUAUAGCAAUUAUAUGGAGCAUGCGUAUCCAGCUGAUGAACUCAUGCCUUUAACUUGUCGUGGACGAGUACGGGGUCAGGAGCCAAGUCGAGGGGAUGUGGAUGAUGCCCUGGGAAAGUUUUCACUGACCUUGAUUGAUACCUUGGACACUCUUGUGGUGUUAAAUAAAACCAAAGAGUUCGAAGAGGCUGUAAAAAAAGUAAUAAAGGAUGUUAAUUUAGAUAACGACAUAGUUGUAUCUGUCUUUGAAACCAACAUAAGAGUCCUUGGAGGUCUCCUAGGUGGGCAUUCAGUGGCAAUUAUGCUGAAAGAAAAAGGUGAAUAUAUGCAGUGGUACAACGGUGAACUUCUGCACAUGGCAAAGGAACUAGGCUACAAGCUUUUACCUGCUUUUAACACCACUAGUGGUCUCCCUUAUCCAAGAGUUAACUUAAAAUUUGGUGUAAGACAUCCAGAAGCACGGACAGGAACAGAAACCGAUACCUGCACCGCUUGUGCAGGUACCUUGAUCCUUGAGUUUGCAGCUUUAAGCCGAUUCACAGGAACAUCUAUAUUUGAGGAAUACGCUCGGAAAGCGCUCGAUUUUAUUUGGGAAAAGAGACAGCGCAGCAGCAAUUUAGUGGGUGUUACUAUUAACAUUCAUACUGGAGACUGGGUCCGUAAAGAUAGUGGAGUUGGAGCAGGAAUAGAUUCAUAUUAUGAAUAUUUAUUAAAAGCCUACGUCUUGCUGGGAGAUGACAGUUUCCUGGAAAGAUUUAACACGCACUACGAUGCCAUAAUGAGAUACAUUAGCCAACCACCUCUUCUUCUCGAUGUUCAUAUUCAUAAACCAAUGCUAAAUGCUAGGACCUGGAUGGAUUCUUUGCUAGCUUUCUUCCCUGGAUUGCAGGUGUUGAAGGGUGAUAUUAGACCUGCUAUUGAAACUCAUGAGAUGCUGUAUCAGGUUAUAAAAAAGCAUAACUUUCUUCCAGAGGCAUUCACAACAGACUUCAGAGUUCACUGGGCUCAGCAUCCUUUGAGGCCCGAAUUUGCUGAAAGCACUUACUUCUUGUAUAAGGCUACUGGGGACCCUUACUAUCUAGAAGUAGGAAAAACACUCAUUGAAAACUUGAACAAGUAUGCAAGAGUACCUUGUGGGUUUGCUGCAAUGAAGGAUGUUCGUACAGGAAGUCAUGAAGACAGAAUGGACUCUUUCUUUCUGGCUGAGAUGUUUAAAUAUCUUUACCUGCUGUUUGCUGAUAAGGAAGACAUGAUUUUCAACAUUGAAGAUUAUAUCUUCACUACAGAAGCUCAUCUAUUACCACUUUGGCUUUCCACUACAAACCAAACCAUCUCUAAAAAAAAUACAACUACAGAAUACACAGAGCUGGAUGACAGCAACUUUGACUGGACCUGUCCGAACACCCAGAUUCUUUUCCCAAACGACCCAAUGUUUGCUCAGAGCAUUCGUGAACCUUUGAAAAACGUGGUGGAUAAGAGCUGUCCCAGGGGUAUUUCCAGAGCAGAAGAGAGUUUGGGAAGUGGACCAAAACCACCAUUGAGAGCCAGAGAUUUCAUGGCCAGUAAUCCUGAACACUUGGAGAUACUGAAGAAGAUGGGAGUCAGUUUGAUUCAUCUGAAAGAUGGAAGAGUGCAAUUAGUACAGCAUGCAGUGCAAGCAGCAAGUUCACUCGAUGCUGAAGACGGCUUACGGUUCAUGCAGGAAAUGAUUGAACUCUCCAGUCAGCAACAGAAAGAGCAACAGCUCCCUCCUCGUGCUGUUCAAAUUGUUUCCCACCCAUUCUUUGGCAGGGUUGUCUUGACUGCUGGACCAGCCCAGUUUGGGAUGGACCUAUCCAAACACAAAGCAGGGACAAGAGGAUUUGUUGCAACCAUUAAGCCAUAUAAUGGAUGCUCAGAGAUCACUAAUCCUGAGGCAGUGAAAGAGAAAAUUGCUCUGAUGCAACGAGGCCAGUGUAUGUUUGCUGAAAAGGCACGAAACAUACAAAAAGCUGGAGCAAUAGGAGGCAUUGUUAUUGAUGACAAUGAGGGAAGCAGUAGUGACACAGCUCCUCUCUUUCAAAUGGCCGGUGAUGGGAAGAAUACGGAUGAUAUCACAAUUCCCAUGCUCUUCCUCUUCAACAAGGAAGGAAACAUUAUAUUGGAUGCCAUCCGGGAGUAUGAGGCUGUGGAGGUGCUUCUUUCUGAUAAAGCAAAAGACAGAG